CCUACCAAUAUGCUAAAAUAAUAGUAUAAUACAAAUGUCUAUAGUUUUCCUAACUUCUUUCCUUGCUCUAGUCCUCGGUGGAAAUUAUUAUUGAUUAACCAAGUGACUUAUGCUCGCCAAUAAACUUAUAAUUCAACAAUAUUAUGGCAAGCAAAACGAUUCAGCGAUGGUAUUGUAUGAAUCUCGAUGACUUUCAACAAGUUUGAGAGUUUAUAAUUAGAUUUAUGUGUAUGUUUUUUCACAUAGAUAUUCUGUAACGGAAUAGUAAGAUAUGAAAAUAACAAUAUAUGAUGAUAUUUGCAAGACAAUUAAGAAAAAAAAAUUGUAAACGCUCUAGUCACAAGAUGCCCAAUCAAACGAUGAGAUGGGUCAUUUUUUGCCACGAUAUUGACAACCCUAUUGUUCUUACGAGGGCCUAUGUGUAUGUUAUAUCCAUUGGUUUAAUAGUUUUAUUCGACUAACAUACAUGUUCCUCAGGGUACUCUUGUUCAAUUUUCCUUAUUUAUUAGAAAAACAAGACUUCUUCGCGUUAUAUUUUAAUUUAUUGACUCUUGUAUGACGUUUUUUUUAGAACUCUGCGUGUUUUAUUAAUCACUAGUUUUUGUUAGAAUGUAGUUUUUGCCCCAUUAAAAAUGACAUAUAUCAUGGUGUGUUGGCAGGAAAAUGAUGCAAAAUGAAGGUUGGAAGGAAGUAAGGAAGGGGAAAUUAGUUGGUGGUUCAGGCUGGCCUGCAUUUCCAUUCCAUUUUCUAUUAUUCUAUGUUGUUUUCCUACUUAGAAUUUCUUGCUAUUUGAUAGACACUUGCCAGGAAUGUCCCUCUUCUUUUCUUCCUAGCCUUUUUUUUUCUCCCUUCUCUUUUCCUUCCACUGACUUGGAAAAUUAUAUACCUGAAAUUUCCUGGAAACAAAUAAUAAUUUAUAAAACGCAAGUCUCAUCCAUGAAGAAAUAGCCGCCGCCGCCGCCGGCCGGUCUCUGGGGUUUUUUUUCCAGGAGGCGGGAGUGAGACAUUCCGUCCGACGACUACGCUCCGAUAUAAUUUUUAGUUUUGGGCUUUUGGACUGUUGUGUGAAAGCCCAACUAUGGGGUUUUGAUCCACCAUCUCUAUCCAUGGACUUGGGCCUUUUCCAUCCCGAAGCAAAUCGUAUCGUCAUAAGCAGCCCGAUUGGCCAUUUGCAAAACCGAACCUGAAAAUCAAAAUCCUCGUCUCCCGGUUCUGCUGCCUGAACGAUCAUAUUCCCGCUUUGGUUGUGCGAAGAAGAGAAGGGAAGUGCGGCGGAGAGCAGUUUCCUUCUCCCGGUGAUUGUUACUGCCAGCUGUGAACGGGGAGCGUCCGGCCGGCGUUUGAUACAGUCGACUGGCUGUGGGUGUUGCUCGCCGUUCCUUGAACUUCAAUUUCGGCUCUUCAUCACUUCUCUACUCUCCCCGGCAUUCAUCUUUGUUCUGUGCAGAAUGUCAGGCAGGGAGGACAGCUUAAUAGUCUUCUUCACAUCAGUCGCAGAUUCGGUUUUCCUCUUCAUUUCCGUUUUAUCUUUUUGGUGAGGCAUUCGACUCUGUCUUCUUCGUCUGAGCAAACGGCAUGUCGUUCUCACUUGCUCAUUUGACUAAGCUCUUAAAGCUCUGUGCCGAUACCAAAAAGAUUAGAACCGGUAGAAUGAUCCAUGCCCAUCUAGUCGUCAUGAAUCACACCGUUGGUAAGAACUCUACGGAGGCCAACUCGUUGAUUAAUUUCUACUCGAAAUGUGGCGAUUUAUCGGUUGCUCGCAACCUGUUCGAUGCUUUGCCUGAGAGGAACGUUGUUUCUUGGGCUGCGCUGAUGGCCGGGUAUUUGCAGUCUGGGCUGCCAUUAGAAGUGAUUGGUUUGUUUAAAGACAUGGUUUCUGAGUCUCGAGUUAGGCCGAACGAGUACAUUUUUGCUACUGUUGUUUCAGCCUGUUCUGCCUGCAGAAGACUUCAGAUGGGUGUGCAAGGCCACUGUCAUGUGUUGAAGUUGGGAUUGGUUUUCCAUGAUUAUGUUCGAGAUGCUCUAGUUGACAUGUACUCCAAGUGCAUGUGCAUUGAUGAAGCAGUUCGGUUAUGGAAUUCGGUACCGGGAAAUUAUACUUACUCCUAUCAGUUGAUUUUGAAUGGACUUGUCGAACAUGGGUAUCCCAAUCGAGGUCUGAAGAUUUUGAGGAAGAUGGUUGCUGAAGAUUACGAAUGGGAAGAUACUGCUUGGGUUAGUGUGUUGGCGCUUUUGGCUUGUCUUAGAGAUCUGAGAUUGGCUAGGCAAACCCAUGGGAAGUUGAUUAGGAGUAAUCUUGAGUGUGAUAUGUAUGUCAAUAGUGCCCUCAUCAACAUGUAUGGCAAAUGUGGGAACCCUUUGAAUGCUAGCAGAGUUUUUCAUGGGUUGCAAGAUCGAAAUGUUGUGUUAUGGACAUCCGUCAUGGCUGCUUAUUCCCAGAAUGAGUUGUUUGAGGAGGCAUUGAAUUUGCUUCCAGCUAUGGAACUCGAUGAUGUUCGGCCAAACGAGUUUACUUUUGCUGUAUCCGUGAAUGCUAGUGCUGGAUUGUCUACAUUGAGGCACGGGUACAUUUUACAUGGAAGUGCUAUGAAGGCUGGAUUUGUUGACCAUAUCAUUGUUGGAAAUGCGUUGAUCAAUAUGUACGCCAAAUGUGGAAACAUUGGAGCUGCAAGUCAUAUAUUUUCAGGCAUGAAAUCUCGCAACAUCAUCUCCUGGAAUGCAAUGAUAUGUGGCUUUUCGCAUCAUGGACUUGGAAAGGAAGCCCUUCUAGCAUUUGAGAACAUGUUGACUGAAGCAGUCCAUCCUAACUAUGUUACUUUCGUUGGGGUUCUCUCUGCCUGUACUCAUUUAGGUCUGGUGGACAAAGGUUUAUACUACUUUAACUACCUAAUGGGACACAUGGGUAUAGAGCCUGGAUUAGAACACUACACAUGCAUGAUUGGCCUUCUAGGAAAAGCUGGAAAACUGGAUGAGGCCAAGAACUUUAUGAUGAUGUCCAGUAUGGUAAAAUGGGAUGUUGUUGCAUGGCGUACUUUGCUCAAUGCUUGUCAUAUUCACAAGAACUACAAUUUAGAAGAGCAGGUCGCGAAAUCCAUUCUCGAGAUGGACCCUCAUGACAUGGGAUCGUAUACAGUGCUCUCUAAUACAUAUGCCAGGGAAAAGAGGUGGGAUGGAGUUGCCAAGAUCCGGAAGUUGAUGAAUGACAGAAACAUAAAGAAGGAGCCCGGGGCGAGCUGGAUAGAGACGCAAAAUGUGACUCAUGUCUUUGUCUCAGAGGACAAGAAACAUCCAGAAAUUCUUGAGAAGGUAAAGGAACUUAUUGCAUUGAUCAAGCCAUUUGGAUAUGAUCCCGAUUUUGAUGUUGUUCGGCACGGUUGAGGAUGAACAGAAGGAAGAAUACAUUCGCAAUCACAGUGAGAAGUUGGCUAUGGCAUACGGUAUCAUGAAAUUGCCUUCAUGAGCUCUGAUCAUUGUAAUUAAAAAUCUGAGGAUGUGUGAUGAUUGCCACUCUGCUGCCAAAUUCAUUUCAAAACUGACAAGGAGGUGGAUAAUCAUUAGAGAUACCAAAUGUUUCCACCAUUUUCAGGAUGGGCGGUGUUCUUGUGGAGAUUAUUGGUGAUUGUUGGUUGGUUCGCUCUUCGGUACUAUACAAGCCUGGUACAUGGUGUCAUAGGCUGCUGAGAGUAGCAAUUUUAGGUGAUGCUAUCCAUGGUUACUGCUCCAUUACGCGUGUAAGUUGCUCAGCUAGAGUGGUCAAAACAUUCCUCACUUACUCCUACUGCCUGAAGAUGGAGCUAGUCUCAUUGCCGCGGUCUCUAAAAGGUACUUAACUCUAAUUGAUUGCAGCUUAUGAGCUUUCCGGUUAUUGAGCCUAUCUUCUACUUUAAUUUCAUUCCACGUUUGCUCUCAUUUUAGGUUUUUGCUAGAUUACUCAUUGUUUAAAGAAUCCUUCCAAGUGGUUAACAAAAGUAAUGCGAUUAA